ACCUAAAUAACCAAACGAUUCUCUCCAGUUUAUCCAUCUCAAUCACUCUCGCUAUGAAUGACGACGUAAACGAGCACCGACAAUAUCGAGUCCCAAGUUUAGAUUUCCAGCGAUUGAAAGUGGUAUCAGCGCUCGGGCGUGGAGCAAAGGGAGUGGUUUUUCUGGUUAAAGACGAGGAAUUGAGUGAGUUUUUGGCCCUUAAGGUCAUAUGGAGGGAUUUGAUUGAGAACAAAAACAAGGAUUCAAACGAUAACAAUAAUGACGAAGAUGAUUACAAGAGGGUUUCCUUUGAGCAACAAGUGUUACAGUCUUUUGAUCAUCCACUUCUACCCAGAUUACGAGGAGUUUUAUCUACCGAAAAAAUUAUCGGCCACGCUAUUGACUAUUGUCCAGGGCGUGAUAUGAAUUUUCUCAGGAAAAAGCAGACUGAGAAAAUGUUCUCCGAUGAUACUAUCAGAUUUUAUGCUGCGGAGAUGGUUCUGGCAUUGGAGUAUCUUCACAAUCAAGGCAUAGUGUACAGAGAUUUGAAACCUGAGAACAUAAUGAUUCAAGAGAACGGCCACAUAAUGUUAGUCGAUUUCGAUCUCUCCACAAAACUAUCUCCGAAAUCUCCAGAGUCUUGUCCAGAAAAGACUCCUACCCCCGUUACGAAAAGACCUUCCGACUCCGUCAAAAAGAAAAGACGACCGCUCUUUCGUAGCAUUUGCAACUCUGGCAUUUCUCCUGAAGACUCGGUCUCUUCAGCGCAACAUAGUUUCAAGACAGUGUCGAAAGGAGACUCGGACCACUCGACGGAGAAGUCUAACUCGUUCGUGGGAACGGAGGAGUACGUGGCACCAGAGAUCAUAUCAGGUGAGGGGCACGAUUUUACAGCAGAUUGGUGGUCCUUAGGAAUCGUUCUCCACGAAAUGUUAUAUGGAGUGACGCCGUUUAAGGGAAGCAAUAGGAAAGAGACAUUUUAUCGGAUUUUAUGCAGACCGGUUGAACUCAUGGGUGAACCGACGGCGUUGAGGAACUUAAUCAGGAAAUUGUUGGAAAAAGAUCCAAAGAAGAGGAUUGGAGUAGAGGGAAUCAAGCGCCACGAUUUUUUUAGAGGGAUGGAUUGGGAUUUACUGUUAAAAAUGGUUAGACCACCGUAUAUCCCUUGUAGUGAGUUGGAGAAUAAAAGAAUAAAAGAAAUAGAUGUGGAGUCAUUCGUCCAAGGAAUAUUCUCAGGCAGUGGUGAUGGUGAAGGUGAAGGUGAAGGUAAUGAAAGGAAUAAAACUGAUGCAGUGAUUGUUAAUAAAGGGGUGUGGAGUAAUGGUUUAAGUCACCAACUCCCCGAAACCGAUCAUUUUUCUGUCUUUUAAUAUAAAAUCUGUAGUUGUAUAUGAGAAUUAGAUUCCUGAUUUUUAUUUUUUCAUAGUUUCUCUUUCUCAUCGUUUGAUGUGACCAUUCAUGCUUGGUACGAUAUGUUUGUACGUUGAUUAGUUUAAAUAUCUGGGAAAUUGGUAAUGAUAUUUGGUGGGUAA